GUGCUGUUGGGAACACAGAGGAAGUGACUGACUGGGGGUUCAGGGAAAGCUCCGUAGAAGAGGGAACACUUGAGCUGGGUCUUGAAGGAUGAGUAGAAGUUCACCAAGUGGGAAAGGACCUUCUAGGAUGGCUGAGCCUCGAUUUAACAACCCCUACUUCUGGCCCCCUCCUCCCACCAUGCCCAGCCAGCUGGACAACCUGGUUCUGAUUAACAAGAUCAAAGAACAACUGAUGGCAGAGAAGAUCCGGCCACCUCACCUGCCGCCCACGUCGGCCUCGUCGCAGCAGCCUCUGCUAGUGCCACCGGCGCCCGCCGAGAGCAGCCAGGCUGUCAUGUCGCUGCCCAAGCUGCAGCAGGUGCCCGGGCUGCACCCGCAGUCCGUGCCGCAGCCCGACGUGGCGCUGCAUGCACGACCGGCCACCAGCACUGUCACAGGUCUGGGGCUCUCCUCCAGGACUCCGGCUGUGAGUACAUCUGAGUCAAGCACCGGCACUGGCACCGGCACCGGCACGGGUACCAGCACCCCAUCCACACCUACCACCACCAGCCAGAGCCGCCUCAUCGCCUCGUCCCCUACCCUCAUCUCAGGGAUCACCAGCCCCCCCCUCCUGGACUCCAUCAAGACAAUCCAGGGCCAUGGCUUGCUUGGCCCUCCCAAGUCUGAACGCGGCCGCAAAAAGAUUAAGGCAGAGAACCCGGGGGGUCCCCCUGUCCUUGUCGUACCCUACCCCAUCCUGGCCUCGGGUGAGACUGCCAAGGAGGGCAAGACAUACAGGUGUAAGGUAUGCCCACUGACCUUUUUCACCAAGUCUGAGAUGCAGAUCCACUCCAAGUCGCACACAGAGGCCAAGCCCCACAAGUGCCCGCACUGCUCGAAGUCCUUUGCCAACGCCUCCUACCUGGCCCAGCACCUGCGCAUCCACCUGGGCGUCAAGCCCUACCACUGCUCCUACUGUGAUAAGUCCUUUCGACAGCUCUCCCACCUACAGCAGCACACCAGAAUCCACACAGGAGACAGACCCUACAAGUGCCCACAUCCUGGCUGUGAGAAGGCUUUCACUCAGCUCUCCAACCUCCAGUCUCACCAACGCCAGCACAACAAGGACAAGCCCUACAAGUGUCCCAACUGCUACCGGGCCUACUCGGACUCCGCCUCUCUGCAGAUCCACCUCUCAGCUCAUGCCAUCAAGCAUGCCAAGGCAUACUGCUGCAGCAUGUGUGGGCGGGCCUACACCUCGGAGACCUACCUGAUGAAGCAUAUGUCCAAACACACGGUGGUGGAGCACCUGGUGAGCCAUCACUCACCCCAGAGGACGGAGUCUCCUGGCAUCCCCGUGCGAAUCUCUCUCAUCUGAGCCCACCUGCUGCACCACCUGGCCGGCCCAGCCCACUGGCAGACAGACCCAGGCAGCACUCGGCCUGAUUCCCACUUGGGCCCUACAGGAACCACCAAGCUCUCUCACGACUUUCCCAACCUACCAGAAGGCUUGGUCCACGGAAGCUCUGCCUGGUCCUGCUCCUGGGCGGCCCAGGCCACCUGCAAGAUUUUGGACUGUUUUGGUGGCAUCCAAAGACGAUCUCAGAGCACUUUGAACCUGUCUGUUGGGUUUUCUUUUUGUUCCCCACCCUUCACUUGCUUCACUGUUUUUUGUUUUUUUAAGAUUUUUUUUUUUGAAAUAACAAAAAGAUAUUUAUUGGCCAGGAUGUUGGUGCUGCUUAGACAGAGAAAUUAAAAGAAUUGGACAGAUGGAUGCAGAGAACCAGAGAGCAGCGUGAGACCUUCUCUGGCCAUGGCCUCAGGUCUUGAGGGAAGGCUCAGGCCUGGGGUUCUGGACUGCAAAGGGGACUCCCAGGUGGGAGGGGCAGGAAUCAGCUGGUGUGCCCCAGGUGCCCAGUUGAAUUGCCCAAGCUGUGCCUUGGGUUUCACUGAGCAGAGCGUGCAGCCACUACCAGGGCUGUCCUGGCUUCAAGAGGCAGAAAGAGGAGAGGGGCCGGGAGAUCACAGGACCAAAGGGUGCAGUGAUGGCUGGGUGGCGGGCCCAGGGAAGUUGUGUUGGAGGAGCUGGGUAAGACCUGGCUCCUCCCUGCUGCCCUGAAGACCACCCCAGUCUACCUCGGUGCUGGCCAGGAAACCUAUCGGCUACCUCUCUCCCGCCACCCCAGACUGUGGGCAGGGGGAUGAGGAGGGAGCAGGCCUGGGACUAGAACCCCUUCCAGAAUUUCCUCCAGAUGGGGACAGUGCCCAGGGAGGGGUUGUCUUCCCAGCCAUGGAAGGGGAAUCCCCAGCCCAGGCCCCAGGCCCCUCUGCAGGGAAGGGAUCCUCGGGGAGGAGGGUCCCAGGAGCAGACCCUGCCCCCAGCCCCCACAGACACACCCCAAUCUGAAAGCCAUGCGUGUCCAUGUAUAUAGGAACCAUGUACAGAGCCCGGAGAAGUCCCUCUACGUCCCCCUGGGAAAAAAAGAAAACUAGACAGAAACUCAUCUAUAUAUUCUGUAUCUGGAGUUCCGUUUUGAAUAUUAACUGUGUUAUUUUUAUACACUUUUUAAGCCUUAACUCGCCAUUGAUUUACCAGUUUAACGUUUCCUGGGGUUUCUUUUCCCACGGGGGUCUCUGCCCCCACCCCACCCCUUUGUUUGACUUGCGUCGUCCGAUACUCAGUAUUGUAGCUUUUCGUCCGCAUGUUACUACCUUGUAAAUACGCUGUUAAAAUACUGUUAACACCCCUUUGCUUUUUUCUAUGGGACCUCCAGGCCACCAUAUUUAGAACUAGUUACCUUAUUAAAAAAGAGAAAACAAGUCUGUUGGCUUCUCAGUCUGCAUCUUGGUGGCAGGGAGGUGAGGGCAGAUGCCCCUCAGACACUUCAGAAGAGAAGUUUGCAUUCAAAAAAAAAAAUCAAAUGUGGGGGAAAAACACUAAAAAGGGGGCAAGAAACAAAGGGAUUACAACGCCUCUGUUCUUUGUAUUUCUCUGUUGUGAAGAAUAAACUGUACCUGCACCCG